GAGGAGCAAGACAAACUGAUGGUGUGAUAGGAGGAUGGUUGAGUUAUGACCGAAGUGCGGUUUGUGAUCCUUAGCUGAUGAGGGUUAGGCAAGGGUGGUAAAAAUUUUCACAUCCUCAGAUACUGCUUAGCUUAUUAACAUACAGAAAGAAAAGGCUUGUUUGCUUCUUUCUUUGAUAUUUCUAAAGAGGAGAAGCCCACUCGAGUAGGUUGAAGGAAGAAAAAUGGGGACUUGUGGAAGGAAUGGAGCAGUGAGGCAGUACAUAAGAUCCAAAGUUCCUCGCUUGAGGUGGACACCGGAUCUCCAUCACUGCUUUGUUCAUGCCAUUGAAAGGCUUGGAGGCCAGGACAAAGCCACGCCUAAACUUGUUCUUCAGCUGAUGGAUGUAAGAGGGCUAACUAUUUCACACGUCAAGAGCCAUUUACAGAUGUAUAGAAGCAUGAGGAAUGACAUUGGCAAGCAAGGUUUGCAACAGACUCAAGAGAAGAGACAUUCAUGCGAACAUACUGAUGCUGGUGCUGAUGAGCAAAAUGAUGGUUCUCUUUUCUCUUCUUUGAAACCUCAAAAGGAAUUCCAGACUCAGUUCAUGUUCCCUCCUCUUCCCAUGAAAAGGAGUCGAAUGGAGGCACAUGCCAUCUCCAGUAGCUUGCAAUGCAGCAAAGGAAUCUGUGAGACGGUCACCUCUCAGUACUCUUUUGAUGAUUAUUUGCAAGCCAUGGCAGUGAAAAGGGGAAUAAAGGGGAACUUAAGAUGGCAGAAAGAUGACAUAGAAACAGGGUUCUUGGCAGGUGAUCAGCUUUCUAAGGACAAAGCGCAGGGGCAUAUGGAAGAAGACACUGGCCCUUUUAAGGUGUUCAAACUAAAUGACCAACUUCUCAUGCCUAAUAAUACCAUAAAGCUCAAGUCCAAGGAGAAUGAUGAGAAAAGAUGCCAAUCUUGUGUGUCACCAUCAUCUUUUGAUGAUCAUGGCAUAAAGGAUGAGGAAGUGGAUGAUUGCUCAUUGACGUUAAGCUUGCCCAUGCAUCACAAUCACAGGACCAUUGCUUCAUCUGCAAGCGAAAGCAGAUCCAUCAUCUCAUCAUCUUUGGCUAGAAAUUCUGAGGACUGCUCAGUCUUCUUAAACGGGCGGGGCUUAAAUUUGGAUCUCUCCAUGUCAAUAUGUGGUUCUUAAACUUAGAUCAUUGUAAUUUCUUUUCUUUUCAUUUUUUUUUUCUUGUAAUGAGAUGUUUUGACACUGUUUCAUACUCUAAAUCCUUGGAAUCUUUCAAUGAAAUAUGUGGUGGUCUACUGCUGUUUUGCUAAAAAA